AUGUCCCCCCCCAACCUUCCAAAUCCACUACUUCUCAACCGCCUCUUCCUACACGAGAAAGCAAACAGAGUCCUUCCCCGCGCCAUUCCCGCUCCCCAAACUCUUCGACUUGCUCGAGUCGCGAUAUCCGGUGUUGGGUUGGAGUAUGUUGAUGUCGCUGCGGCCGACGCCAACGCGGCAAAGUUGGAUGGGAAAGAUGGUAAAGAAGAAGGCGGAGAAGGGGAAGUACAGGGUGAGGAGGUGCGGAUUAUUGGGCCUGGGGAGGAGGUGGCGAUUAUUCCGCCCGUUAGUUCUGGGUAG